AUGAGAGCGAGGAAGCUGUGGACAAUUGAAGAAGAUCAAGUCUUGAGGCAAGCUGCGAACACACAAGUCACUACUGGUGGCGCCGUGAAGGACUGGAACCGCAUAGCCAGGCAGCUAGAGGACAGAACGAACAAGGACUGUCGGAAAAGAUGGAGCAAGAUAUCCAAGGUGGUCAAUCGUGGUGCAUGGAGUGCCGAAGAAAACUCCCGUCUACUUCAAGCAACGAAGCUUUUUGGGCUUCGCUGGACCAAAAUCGCUGAAUAUGUCGCAACUCGUCAUGCUGAUCAAUGCGCCAAAAGAUGGGUUCAUGGCCUCAGCGAUGAGCAAAAAGCCGACUUCACAGAAGGCGCAAGUUUCGAAGAUUAUUCCCUCAGUACCACGCCGGGUACAGGCAACAAUUCUGAAGAUUCCGAGGACCCUGCAGAUUUGACGGAAGACGAUACGAUAGCUUUCAGACUAAAUGAGAACUCUUUCUACGACCAGGAAGUCGACAGUGCCCUUUGGAUAGCAACGUCAGAUUAUUGCAAUGCUGCAGCAUCCCAGGUUGCGAUCCAGGAAGACAGCCCUCCUAGAAUCACGGACAUGACGAUGACAGAUGAUUCAUCAAUAUUUUAUCCACAAGCUAUGAACGCUCGUUUCCCUUCACAUGCGGCAUACAUGCAAGGCCAUCGGCCCUGCGACCAUCACCACUUUCAUGCUCCUGACCAACUACCUUCUCCAACAGAAGCAUUUUCGCCAGACAACCAGUCAAUACUCGUGGAUAUGACAUCUUUGUACGAUUCGUCUGAUGUUGGAGCGUUGCCUCCCUCGGACAUAUGUUAUCACAAUAUCCAACCAGAAUUCCAAGGCUCAUAUUUCCCAUCACCAUCAAUACCACCUAACCAGGGUAAAACAGUUUUAGAAAUGGAGAAUCUGCCACUGAGCGCGCUGUCCAGGAUCAUGGAUAUUGCUUUUCAGAACAGGUCCAAUGUCAAAUUGCGCUGGGCAUCGGACGAGCGAUGA